CGCUGCCCUGCUCAGGGCAGGCUGGUGGAGUUCCCAUGCCUCCUAACACUGUUUCACCUUGUUCCUUGCAGUCAGGACAGUUCAAUGAAGACAUGAUCCCGACAGUAGGCUUCAACAUGAGGAAGAUCACCAAGGGGAACGUUACCAUAAAGCUCUGGGACAUCGGUGGCCAGCCACGGUUUCGCAGCAUGUGGGAACGGUACUGCCGCGGAGUGAGUGCCAUCGUGUACAUGGUGGACGCUGCCGACCAGGAGAAGAUAGAGGCCUCCAAGAAUGAACUCCACAACCUGCUCGACAAGCCGCAGCUCCAGGGCAUCCCGGUCCUAGUCCUGGGGAACAAGCGAGACCUGCCCGGUGCCUUGGAUGAGAAGGAGCUCAUUGAGAAGAUGAACCUCUCCGCCAUCCAGGACCGAGAGAUUUGUUGCUACUCCAUCUCCUGCAAAGAAAAGGACAACAUCGACAUCACCCUACAGUGGCUUAUCCAGCACUCAAAGUCUAGGAGAAGCUGAGAUCCUGUGGACCGCAGCCCGGAUCGGGAAGAUGCCAUUGUACAAGCCCAUGCCCCUUCUUUCUCCUGCUCUGUCCCUCCAGCUCUCUCUCUAGAUGGGUAUUUUUAGGGGACCCCAGACUCCACUUGCAUUGAGGUGGAGCCUUUGUUUUUAUUGUAAAGAAAAUGUCCGACUCUGCCCUCCUCUCCUCUCUCUGUAUCUUCCUCCCAUUUUGGCACUAUUCUGUUGUUGUCUGUGUAUACAGUAUAUAUAUAUGUAUAUAUAUUUUAAUUUUUUAAUUUAAGUGAUAGCGCUGUUACUAAACUGGGCCCUGUGAGCGGUAGGAAGCCUGGGGGCUCCCCAAGGCUGGCUGAGGGCCAGCGCUGGGACGGAAGAUGAGGGUGAUGGCAGAAGGUAGCCCCUUGGGGAUGGGGCUGUGCAGGCCUGUGGGCAGGUACCCUGGGGCUCCCUCAUCCCUUCCCCAGGCGUCCUGCCUGUUUCCCCAGGCCAGGAGCAUCCUGGGGGGAUUGGGACCAUGCCCACCUUGCCCUUUCUUGGGCUUCAGCCCCAUGGGCAGGGUGUUGGGGGGAGGUGAUGCUGCCCCCCUGUGCUCCUCACCUUUUUGGGGUGACAAGGAUUAGUCAUGACCUGCUACCAUCAGCUUCCCUCCCCCAUCACCUCCAGCUGCCAUGGCAGGGCCCCAACCCCUCACUGCCCCGGGCCAUUUGUCCCACUGCCCCGUGUGCCCCCAGUCCCCUUGCCUGGGCCGAAUCCUGCCCUGCUGCCCAGUCCUGCUGCUCUGCUGUGCUGAGGCUGCCAUCCGAGGUGCCAGUGCCAGUGAGGGGGGGCAGUGAUGCCAGUGGCCCCCAUGCCUGCCUCAGCUGUCGCCAGAGGUGUUCGGCCCCAGUUAGUCUCUUGGGGGGGCCACGCUGGCUCCCCAUGUGCCAAAAGGUAUUGCCUGCUCCUGGCUGGGGGCUGCUGGCUCUGCCCCAGCUGAGGACAUGGCACAGGGGGGCUGGGGAGACAUGCGGAGGGGGCUGUGAGCACCCUGUGCUCCUGCAGAGCUGCCCAUCAGGCAGGGGCACGCUCUGCUUGCCCUGCUACGCGUGCCCUGCGCCCCGUGCCGGCCCCCAGCUCUGCUGCCCUGGCUGGGGGGGGACGUGUGGAGCGGUGGGGCUGGGGGGAAAAGUGGUUGGGUCCUUGUCUUGCAGGUGGGGAGAGGGCAAGAGGAAAUUUGGGUGAGGUCAGGAAGGCUGUGCCAUGUGAUGAGUUACUGAGUGUCUGCAGGCACAGCCUAGGGGCCUGGCCAGGUUGUUGGGAACCAGUCUGGGGAGGGGGACUUAGCUGGGCUGGGGGGGUUGCGCUGGCAUCGGGAGGGCGGGUGCAUGGUGGGGUCAGGGUCAGCACAGCGGGGACAGCGGCCUGUCCCCAGCUCACGGCUCGGGAGAGGGUGGCAGUGGCCCAGGGGCGGGGGUUGCGGGCCCCCUCUUGCUGCCCCUUCCCCUGCUCAACUCUGGGGCAGUAAGGCUGGGGUUUCUCUUCUGUUCUCGUUUUUGCAGAAUUGCACAAAGAGAGGUUUCCUUUUUUUUUUUUAUUUAAUGACUUGUAAAGUGUUGUCACCCCCUAUCCCCCCCCCCUUUUUUUUUUAAGAGAUAUUUUGGCUCAGAUAUGACCUCUGUUGGGAAAUGAUUCUUGUAACUGUACAAUUUUUUUGCCUCCUAAUAAUAAUAAAUUAACAAUUUUGCGUUGG